AUGUGCUCGCGUUUCUUGGAUUCCCACACAAAAUGCAGAACCCCCACCAUCUUUGCGUCUCUCUUCUUCUCCCUCUUCCUCACCUCUUCCGCCACAUGCUUCAACGGAAACUGCCAGCUUCUGGAAGCAUGUACAGCUGCCAGCGAUUGUGGACCGGGUCUCUAUUGCGGCAAUUGCCCUGCUUUGGGCCGGACCCUGCCCAUUUGCACCAGAGGCCAAGCCACCAUUGUUACAUCUCUCGUGAAUGGUUUGCCCUUCAACAAGUACUCGUGGAUCAUGACCCAUAAUUCCUUCAGCAUCGUGGAUGCACCACCUUUGGCUGGUGUUCAGAGACUCACCUUUUACAAUCAAGAGGACACUGUUACUAACCAGUUGACGAAUGGAGUGAGAGGAUUGAUGUUGGAUAUGUACGACUUUGAGAAUGAUAUAUGGCUCUGUCAUUCAUUUCGAGAGCAAUGCUUCAACUUCACUGCUUUUCAACCUGCAAUAAAUACUUUGAGAGAAGUGGAGACAUUCCUGACGGCAAAUCCGACAGAGAUUGUCACCAUUGUAAUUGAGGAUUAUGUGCGUACUCCAAAGGGGUUGACUAAUCUAUUCACAAAUGCUGGACUGGAUAAAUAUUGGUUCCCGGUGUCUGAUAUGCCUAAAAAGGGUGAAGAUUGGCCCACUGUAACAGAGAUGAUUCAAGCAAAUCGUCGACUGCUUGUUUUCACUUCGGAUGCUUCAAAGGAAGCUGAAGAAGGAAUAGCCUAUCAGUGGACUUACAUGGUUGAAAAUGAGUCUGGAGAUCCUGGAGUUCAAGGGGGUUCUUGCCCACACAGGAAAGAAUCAAAGCCGCUAAAUUCUAGAAGCGCAUCACUUUUCUUGCAGAAUUACUUUCCGACAUAUCCAGUUGAAGCUGACUCAUGCAAAGAGCAUUCGGCUCCACUGGCUGAUAUGGUGAACACAUGUUACAAAGCUGCAGGAAAUGUGUUGCCUAAUUUUAUAGCAGUUAAUUUUUACAUGAGGAGUGAUGGUGGGGGUGUUUUCGAAAUUGUGGAUAAAAUUAAUGGUCACUCAUUGUGCGGCUGUAAUACAGUCUCUGCUUGCCAGGAGAUAGUUAAUCUUGAGAGAGGGAAAGAAAGCACAGUUUCUACCUACCUGUGCAUUUUGAUGAUAAAAAAGCAGAUCAAGGACAAUUAUAUAAUUGCUGCAAUUUUGCAGGAGGGAGCACCUUUUGGAUCUUGCAAGAACAUUGUUGUACCUAAUACAAGCCCAGUGACCAACACAGCUGGAAGCUUUACAGGCUCUGUUCAGUUCUCUAGAUCAGCUUCACGCGUCCUUUCUCCAAAUUCCUGCCUUUACGUCUUGUUUUUCUUCCUGCUUAUUGCUGUUUAUUGCGAUUGUGAUUAA